AUGACUGUUAGUUUGGGUCUACAAUUAAUAUCAGUUUUUGUGGCAUUCAGUAGUCUUGAAAAUAAACAUCGAUUUACUGCUCGACCACAACCACCUAAAGCUGAAUAUGACUAUAUAGUUAUAGGUGCGGGAACUGCCGGUGCAACAGUGGCCGCCAGACUAAGUGAACUGUCCAAUGUUCAAGUAUUACUACUGGAGGCGGGCGGACCAGGAAAUAUAUUAGCGGAUUUACCGGCACUGGCAGAUGUUAUCCUCAAAAGUUGGAUGAUUUGGAACUAUACUAAUGAGAAACAAUCAGUUGGUAUCGGUUGGAAAAAUCAGGUCAUAUUAGAUGAAAAAGGCUAUGGACUGGGAGGUAGUUCAUCAGUAAACUCAUUGAUUUUCAAUAGAGGUAAUCCUAAAGAUUUUGAUGCCUGGGCUAACAAAUACGGUGCUACCGGUUGGGGUUGGGAUGAUGUUCACAAGUAUUUUAUGAAAUGGGAGAAUAAUACCGAUAGUGAACUGGUCAAAGCCAAUCCUAAUUGGCAUGGUACAAAUGGCCCUGUUCAGAUAAGUACAUGGACUAACCCUGAUCCUAUUUUUAAAAUUUUGCUAAAAGCACACAACGAGUUAGGCUACCCGACCACUGAUCUCAAUGGUCCCAAACAGCUUGGAGUGGCUUUAUCUCAAUCAUUUAUUAAUACUAGUGGUGUGCGAUCCAGUUCCUCAAACUCAUACCUUGAGGGCAAACGUCGGCCAAAUCUUGAUAUUAGUGUUCACUCGCGAGUAACUCGACUGCUCUUUAAUGGUCUUACGGCUACUGGUGUUCAAUAUGUUAAAAAUGGUGUCACAUAUGUUGCAAAAGUGAAAAAAGAGGUUAUUUUGAGCGCAGGUGCCAUAAAUACUCCACAACUGCUUAUGCUGUCAGGCAUAGGACCGGCAAAUCACUUGCGUAACCACUCUAUACCAGUGUUGGCCGAUUUACCGGUCGGUAUUGGUCUAAAAAAUCAUCCGCAAACUGGAUUCCGAUUGUUUAUAAAAAAUGAUUCAUUAGUGACAACCAGUCGACAAAAUAGUAUGAAUGCACUGACUGUUGCCAAUCUUGACCAAUGGUUUACUAACGGCUCGGGACCGUUAAGCCAAUUCUACACCACUAUUACCUAUUUGAAUAGUCGUAACAAUAAAGACAAAAAAUGGCCAAAUCUGGGAAUAGAUGGACAUCUAUUAACUCUAACCACUCCUGACGUCCAGAUAUGGUCGAACUCAUAUCAUGAUAUUAAAGGAUGGACACAAUAUCUGGAAAAGUACGCCAAUCGGUAUUAUAUUUUAUUUUGUGCUUUUCAUCAAUUGCCACGAAGUUAUGGUCGGGUAUACCUACGAUCCAGUAAUCCGUUUGACGCACCGGUAAUAGAUCCGAAACUACUGUCUCAUCCGAAAGAUAUGGACGAGUUUGUUGAGUCCAUAAGGUUUACACUAUUACUAGCCGAACGGUCAUCACUGACACAAUACUUAUUGCCAUUGCAUCCCAUUCCCGGUUGUAAGGCUUGUCCGCACACAUCAUAUCUACAUCGUUGCAAUUCAUACAUCAGAUGUCAUAUACGACAAGUGGCCUCAACUGUACACCACGACUCCUGUACCGUACGUAUGGGUGAUCCCCGUAGUAAUAACACAGUGUUGGACCCCCGGCUACGUGUUAAAGGUUUCAACAGAUUGCGAGUAUGCGACGCAUCAGUGUUUCCCAAUAUACCCAAUGCUAAUAUAAAUGCUGCCACUUUUAUGGUCGGCGAAAAGUGUGCCGAAAUGGUCAAAGAGGAUAAUUAUUAUUUAUAA